UCUGCGUCCGCAGCAUCUCUUACAAGGGAUGAUCUUUCGCUCAGUACCAAACAUUUGUACGACGCAAGUAGUGCCGAACAAACCGAAGUCUCUCAUUGUGUGUUUGAAGUAAUAGACGAACGGGUGAGUCGCAUUCGCAGAGAUUUCCCGUAACGUGGAAUGGAAUAAACGCAAAGAGUCGCGUCGUUUCGCAUCUGCUCGCGUUGAGAGAAAGCCGCGGAACGUCCGAUUUGCACCACCGAUGGCAGAUCACGACAACAUUUACGACGACGAGGAGCUAGUUUCAGCCAACCCAAAUCAAAGGAACUGGCGCGGGAUUCUGAUAGCGUUGCUCGUGAUCGUUGCGGUCCUAGCUCUUAUCGUCACAUCUGUCGCCCUGCUCACACCCCCCGAUGACGGCCCGAGAGUACGAGGAGCACGAUUACAUCUGUCCGAGGUGUUAUCCGGCGAGCUAUCUCCUUUAUUAUUCAACGGAUCGUGGGCGCGUAACUACCAUAUAUGCUACCGUGAUCCUUGGGGUGGUAUUUCUUUGUUGGAUGCCACGGACAUGAAUAUCGUGUCUCGCAGUCUAAUGCCGAAUGAAACAUUCAGACGAUUGAAUCCAGCAAAGUUCUCUCUGUCGCCGGAUAAGAAGUACUUACUUCUUGCUCAAAACGUGAAGAAGCUGUUUCGCUAUUCGUAUUUAGCGCAGUACGUCAUCUACGAUGUCAAUACACGGGAAUGCAUAGCGUUAACUCCUUAUCCUGAAAAGGACGUUCACCCGUAUCUUCUGCUGGCGCAAUGGACUCCACGUGGAAACGGGAUCGUCAUGGUGCAGGACUACGAUAUUUAUUACAGGACGAGCCCUAUGAGUAACAUUGGUUAUCGCGUAACUAAUACCGCAGUGCCUGGAAUACUAUCUAACGGUGUGCCGGACUGGUUGUACGAAGAAGAAAUAUUGCACAGCGCGAAGGCGAUUUGGAUGUCAUCAGACGGCCACAUGAUGCUUUACGCCUCGUUUAAUGAUUCCCUUGUGGAGGAGAUGCACAUUUCCUGGUUCGGGGAGGGCAACAAAGCACUAUAUCCUGAUAUACGAUCUUUACGGUAUCCAAAGCCUGGAACGCCGAAUCCUUCGGUACGAUUAUAUGUUGCUGACCUAGUUGACCCGAAUAAUAUCCAUACAAAGGUAGUGAAACCGCCAGCUAUCAUCGAACAUGUGGAUCACUACUUCUCGACCGCUUCCUGGGUGUCCCUGACAGAAGUCUGCAUAACGUGGUUGACACGUGCUCAAAAUCUUUCAGUGGUGACCGUCUGUAAAAGUCCGAUGUGGCAUUGUCAGGAAAUGCAAAGGAUAACGGGCGAUGAUCGCGGAUGGGUGGACACUCCCCCGGAGGCUCCUUUCUUUUCGACAAACGGUAGUAGUUAUGUCGCGAUAAGCCCCGUGAAAGACGGACCAGCGGGAUAUUACAAGCAUAUAAUAUGGACGAGUGUGCUCCGUAAACAAGUAGUGCCUUUGACGCAUGGCAAAUUCGAAGUCGUUAGGAUUUUAGUAUGGGACCAAACAAAUAAUACUAUAUAUUUCAUCGGUAUUCCAUCCAUGAGACCGGGCCAGAGACAUCUCUACCGCGUAAACUCCGCUCUACCAGUCACAGGAUCGCCUCUGCAUCCUGCUGUAUGCCUCACCUGCACCACCUCUUCGUCCGGCAUGACGAGCUACGAUGAAAACGAACAUUGGAUUAGUUCUCCGAGUCGGCAGACUAACAAUCCGGCCAGCCGGAGCGAGUGGCAUGAGGGGUAUGACACUCAGACAGAGGGCACUGACAAUAAAGAACACCGACAUUCCUCUAAAAAGGACAAAUCGAAAAACAAGAAUAUUUCGAAGAAUGGUCUGCCCUGUCAAUAUCAUAACGCAAUUUUCCCGCCUGACGGUCUCGAGUACUUCGUCCUUGAGUGCCUCGGGCCUGGCGUGCCCACCGUGAGCUUGUACAAAAUGGAGAUGCCCGUGCCGCAAUUUAUCACCAUGUUGCAGAACAAUACAUUACUGCGCGAAAGAAUAUCGAACAUCGCGUUACCACAAAUAAAAACAUUUCCCGUUCAGAUAAGCGGCGGCUACAACGCCCAAGUGAGAUUGUAUCUCCCGCCUGGGCUUAGAGAAGACGAGAUCACACGCUAUCCGUUGGUCGUCCAGGUAUACGGUGCUCCUGGAUCACAACUGGUCACCGAAAUGUUCAAGGUAGAUUGGAACACAUACUUAGCCAGUAGGAAAAAUAUUAUUGUAGCGCAGAUCGAUGGUAGAGGGAGCGGCGGGCAAGGUUACAAGCUUCUUCACGAGGUUUACUACAGGCUGGGUUCCGUGGAAGUGGCUGAUCAACUCGAAGUCACAGAAUAUUUGCGAGAUUCGCUGCACUUCGUAGAUAAGCGAAGAGUCGCCGUUUGGGGUUGGAGUUACGGUGGUUUCAUAGCCGCCCUCGUCUUGGCUCAUCCGGAACAAAAUGUGUUUCAAUGUGGUAUAAGCGUGGCACCGGUGGUUUCCUGGGAACUUUAUGAUUCCGCGUAUACCGAAAGAUAUAUGGGACUACCAAACGUGACAUCAAACUACAAAGGCUACGCAGAGUCCAAUGUUUACGACAAAGUCGAGCAUCUGCGUGACAAGAUGUUUUAUUUGGUGCACGGGACUGCGGAUGACAACGUUCAAUUCCAACAGUCAAUGGCACUUGCUCGUCAUCUCGCUAAGAAAGGCAUACUCUUUCGGCAGCAGGUCUAUCCGGACGUGAGCCACACCUUGGCGGGCGUGAAGGGACAUUUGUACCUCUCGAUGGCACAGUUCUUGGAGGACUGUUUCCAGAAACAAGUACCUGUCGACACGAAAGCUGGACUCGGUAGCGGCGGCUCCGGCGGCGUAUAGUGAUGCACAUUAAAGAAAAAGAUAACUAUAAUUAUUAAAGAUUAUUAAUAUGGCGAACAGAGAGAAAAAGAAACAAAAAGAAGAAUGUGAAAAUCUAAACAUCUCCAAAUUGUGUUCCGUUUAAUAGAAUAUUUACAGAGAACACGCGUGGCCCAUCGUUUUGUACUCCGAUUCUCGAAAUUACAAGAAAUGGAACGAGACACAUCAAUGAUCGAAUAAUACAUCCCGUUUGCGAUUCACAACGCAUCUACACCGGUUAUAAGAAACAUGCAUCGGCCAUCCCUACGAUACAAUCAAAUAAAUAGUCUAUGAUAUCUGUAGGUAAUAUUUAUUUGAAGAUUCUUGAUACCUGAACAAUAGGUAAAGUCGAUACAACGGAAAUCGUUGCCGUGCUUCCUAUGACGGAAAUAACGGCGACAUAAUGAAAAUCUUAUAGCAUAUACAUACACAUAUAUGUACGUAUAUAUAUGUAUAUAUCAUGCAUUAACUAAGUACAUUCCUUAGAACGUCUUCAAUAUAUCUCUUUAAUCAUUACUUACAAUUAUUAUAAAAAAUGGCAACUUACAUUCUUUGUUUUAUAAAGAACUUUUGUGUAUCUGUACAUAGUAUGACUUAUGUUUAUUAUGUUCCUAUUACUUAAUUAAUUAAUUUUAAAUAAGACUUUCAAGAUAAAUAACAGCUUUGGGAGACUGAUUAAUUCUUGUUGAGCUAGCAAGAGCUCAUUUUAAGAUCCUGCAGGAAAACAUUCUUUAAUUCUCUAAUUGUCAGAUAUUCAAAAAAAGUUAAAUCGUAGAAACAAAUUAGGGAUGCAAAAUCAUUCCGCUCAAUCACAGAGACGUUAUUUUAUCGUAUCCGUAUGAACAGCGCAUAUGAAAACAAAUUAAUGCAUUUGUAGAUAUGACACGAAUAUCAAGAUUAAUCAAUGAGAUACGAUAUAUUCAUCACGAACGAUUAACUAUAUACAAUACUUCAAAAUAAACAUAACGAGUAACUAUAACAUACCAUCAAUGUUAUAAUUUCCCACACAUUGUAACUAAUACGUACAAUAUGUGUUACAUUACACUCACAUAGUUGAGUGGGAAAUUUUAACAUCGAUGUAAUGUUAUUGUUAGUUAACGUUUACUGAUUACAACGUAAUCAGCAAAUCAGAUCAUUAAGGCUCUUGUUCGCCGCUUAAUUACGUCAGAAACAAAAAAAUAAAUAUCCAAAAUUCUUGCGGAAUAUUUUGAAA